AUUGAAGGCGACUUUCCUUGCGAUGAAGCAAUAUUCGAUGCCUCACAUCCCUUUACAGAGCCUGAGUUCAACUUCAGACGAACAGUAUCGCCUUGCUCGGCAUUUCGAGCGCUGUUUUCGAGCGAGCUAUCGAUGUCAUUGACAAUGUUGGAUACAUUCAUUCUCGUGCAUAUGCUGUACCGCUAUGCCAAUGAUCUGCUACAAUUAGCUUUGUUUCGUCAAGUGAUGACGCCAGUCGCAGGCAUGUUAGCGGAGACGGUGAGAGCGCUCGAUACAUGGCAUGAGCACUGGGAAGCACUGAAGGAGGAGGCCGUCAGGCGGCGAGUAUGGGGAAAGAUGGGCUUCUACAGGAAUGGCAACCAGUAUGAAGCCGCAACAAGGUUACUUCUGUCCGAGACUGCAAGACCGCAUCUGACAACGCUGGUCAAGAGUCAUGUGGAUCGGCUGGAUCUGCUGAAGAGGCUGACGUCGGCGGACUGGCAGGGUUGA